UGUUCGAAACUAAAAUUGGUUCAAUAAUUAUGGCGGCCCCCUUGAAACGAAUGUGUAAACAAAUAUUUUUUGUUUGUUAUACACCACCACCAGUUGCAUCAUUAAAUAAUUGUUUGUAUUCUAAUUUUCACGAAGCUAGCAGACAUAGUCAUAGAAGAAAUUUUUAUCGACAUGCUUGUCUGAAGUCAGGAGAAUUUGAAUUGGAGAACCCAAAAUCUGAAUUAGAUGUAGUGAAUAUAAUCUACAUUGACCGUCAAGGGAAAAAGCAUCAUGUGAAAGGAAAAGUGGGAGAUAAUGUAAUGUACCUUGCCCACAGAUACAAUAUAGAAAUUGAAGGUGCAUGUGAAGCAUCACUAGCUUGUUCUACUUGUCAUGUAUACGUGAAAGAUGAAUAUUUUGAUAAAUUGCCUGAACCUUUAGAAAAGGAGGAAGAUAUGCUUGACAUGGCACCAUAUCUAAAAGAAAACUCAAGAUUAGGUUGUCAAAUUAUUUUAACUAAAGAAUUGGAUGGCAUUGAAGUGACACUCCCAAAAGCAACUAGAAAUUUCUAUGUGGAUGGUCAUGUACCACCACCACAUUAGUGGUGUCAGUUGGUGUGAAUGGAUUGGAUAGUGUGCAAUGGGGAGUGUCUAGUAUUUAGUGAAUGUACAAAAUCUCAGAUGUAAAUAAUUUUAACUGAACAUAGUGUCUGGAUCAGAGUUUAUUUAUUUGUACUACUGUCCAAUUUUGCAAUUGAACAGCAAUGUCAACAUAUCUUUAGUAUUGGUUGUUUACAUAUUAAAAAAGGGUGUUAUCUACUUAUGUUCUCAGAGACAGCCAGAAAGUAACUUCUACUUGUCUUAUAGAUUCUCUUCAGAUAGUACUAUUGCACAAUUAUGUUAUAUUUAGAUUCAUAAUGUUUAUUGUAGGCUCACUCAUAUAAAAAGUGGUUGUGGGGGCCAGAAUAUAAUACUAUUAUUAAUGACGACACAUUGUCAUUAUCUCCCUUUUAUUAUUGUUUACCCCAGAGAUCAAAAGGAAUGUGACGCAGAGCUUGCAGGAGCUUACAGUGUAAAAGGUCUGCUGUGGUGCUGUUUGAGCCAGUAUCAUUCACGUUUGCUUAUCUCCCCUCAUGUCAGAUACUUCUAUUAAAAUUGGUGGGACUUGGUUUACUUAUGCUUCCCAUGUCAGAUAGGUCUAUUAGAGUUGGUUAUUCUUGUUUCCUGGGUAAAAACCUUUAUAUUAUCUCUAUGGUAGUUAUGAACAAAAAAUAAUCAGAGAAGCUAUUUAAAAAUAUUGGAGACUUGGUUUACCAUCCAUUGCAACUGUUCAUUUCGCUUUGCAGCACAAUACUAUUCUAAAAGAUGUAACACCCCCAACCCAAACUGAUAUUAAUCAGCUGCAGGCUCAGCAGCCCCCCUGUCCCAUCUUCUCUCUAAUGUUGUGUUUAUUACUGAAUGAAACAAAAUAUGUAUAGACGUGAAAUGUUUUGCGCAAGUUCAAGGACGUUUCGUUUGCUCAGAAAUUAUUUAUUGCCUCAGUUACUGUACAGUACAAACUUAGAUAUUAUUUUGUAAACAAUAAAUAUACAGAGUGAAAUAAGA